AUGAGAUUAGUUAAAACUAGUAAUGCAACUGGAUGGAUUCUAAAACAUAUCAAUGAUAGAUAUGUAAAACAAGCACAGUUGGAUAAUUACAGAAGCCGUGCCGCUUACAAAUUAAUUGAAUUGGAUGACAAAUAUUUAUUCAUCAGGAAACAUCAAACAAUUGUUGAGUUUGGAUGUUUUCCUGGAGGAUGGUCACAAGUUUUAAUUGAUAAAUCAUAUGCAUCUGUUUCCGAUUCCCUAGUCAUCGGACUAGACAAACUUACUAUUGAACCGUUACAACAUUAUAAAUUUGUCCAGGGAGAUAUAAUGGAUGAUAACACUGUGCUAAAACUUAAAGAUUUGCUAGGGAAUCGCAAAGCUGGCUUGGUUUUGUCAGAUUUGAGCGACGCUACAAUUGGCGUAAAGAUCGAUGAUCAUUUAAACAGUGUAGAGUUGGCAAUGAGAGCUGCAAAAGUUAUGGAGCAGAUUAUCGCAAUUGAUGGUUGGUUUGUCGUCAAAAUUUUUAUGGGAUCGCAACUAGAAAAUUAUAAGAUAUAUAUGCGCACACUAUUUAAACAAGUGUAUAGCUGUAAGCCUAGCGCUUCGCGGAGUAGCAGCCCAGAAAUGUAUUUUGUUUGCAAAGGAUUCAAGGGCGCCAGAAAUAUUUCUCAGGAAAUCGACACGCAUCUAUAUAACAAGUGCGGUCUAUCAUGA